AUGUUUUAUACCACUCUCUUCUUCUUCCUCUUUUCAGCAGCAACUUUUGCUAUCAACUUUGAUUGGGAGCGUGAACAGCUCACUGACGAGGAUGCAGCUCGCAAUGGCGCAGUGCGCUUUGGUAGUGCGGCACAAGCUGCGACGCCUGCUAAUUGCAAGAUCAUCCCGGGUGACGCUGAGUGGCCGAGCGAGGACGUCUGGGACUCUUUCAACGAUACGCUCGGUGGUGUGCUACUGAAGCCUAGACCGCUUGCCAGCGUCUGCUAUACUGGGGAGGGCUACAAUGCAGCGAGAUGCGAACAGUACAAGAGUAACUGGGCGGGCAUGAACCUACAUACCGAUGAUCCCACCAGUAUCAUGUCCCAAUGGGCAUCCGGGAACGCAUGCACACCAACCUCACAACCAAACUCAAACUGUACCCAAGGUGGUUGGCCAGAGUACGUCGUCAGAGCCUCUACUUUGAGACAUAUCCAACUCGCAGUCAACUUUGCUAGAAACCGGAACAUCCGCCUUGUGAUCAAGAACUCAGGCCACGACUUCAAUGGGAAGUCCAUCGGUGGUUACUCUCUCAGUGUAUGGACACACAACCUCAAAGGCAUGACGUAUGAUCCGAACUACACCUCACCAACUAGUUCGUAUACAGGAAAAGCUGUUGCUUAUGCCGCAGGUACUCAGGCUUCUGAGGGGUCUACACUAAUGCGGCAGAAAAAUAUGCUCAUGAUUGUUGCAGGCGGUUCAACCGUAGGUAUCGCAGGCGGCUUCCUUCAAGGUGGUGGACACAGCGCCUAUACCAGCUACUAUGGUCUGGCGGCAGACCAAGUGCUCGCCAUCACUGCUGUCACAGCCGAUGGAAGGGUAGUUGAAGCACAUGAAGGGGAAAAUGCAGACCUGUUCUGGGCUUUCAGAGGAGGAGGCGGCGGUAAUUCUUCUCAGCAAGAAGAGAAAUUGACUGUCACUGACAAAAGAUCAGGCACGUUCGGCAUCAUCACAUCCGUUGUCGUUAAAGCGUUCCCCGCCACAGCCGUUACGUCAGGCAGUGUACGUUUCUCAACGACACCAGACCGCGGAUCAAGUGCGCCUCCAAUCUCUGCAGAAACCUUCUGGGCCGGCAUGCGUGCGUACUGGGAAUUCUCGAUCGCCAUCUGUGACGUAGGUGGGUUGGGUUACAGCUUCAUCUACCCAAGCAGUAGUAGCACAGGUCUUACCUUUACUGUCAGUAUCUCGGUUCCCAACAAGACUACCACCGAAUAUCGGCAAUUUGUCCGCCCAUUGCUUCAGAAGCUCAAUGAUCUCGGUAUCCAGCAACCUAUGCCGACACUCAAACGCUCUCCCACGCCAUCUUUUUCAUAUGAAGACGACUCCACAAACGAAGCAUCGCCUCUCUCCAAAAGAGUAAUAGGCGAAACAACAGGCCACACCCUAAUAGCAUCCCGCUUCUUCCCCCGCACCACCUUCUCCACACCCUCCACACUAGAAACCUCCCACCUGGCCAUCCGCCACGUCGUCGAAAACGGUUCCCUAACCUUCCACGGCAUGAACUACGCGCCCACUCUCUCCGUCUCCGGCAACCCAAAUAACAGCGUUAACCCCGCUUUCCGCACCACAGUCCUCCACGCACAAGCCUACGAAUCCAACGCGCACUGGGACGGCAAAGCACCCAUCUUGUCGCAUGAGGCGCUGACAGAAAGACACCAGAGACUGCAGGCGUAUAUGCAGGGGUGGCGGGAUUUUACGCCCGGGAGUGGGAGUUAUAUCAAUGAAGGGGAUGCGCAGGAUUGGGAGUGGAAGGAUGCGUUCUUUGGGAGUAAUUAUGAGAGGUUGGCUAGGGUGAAGACGGAAUGGGAUCCUCAAGGUGUGUUUUGGGUGAUUGGAGGCGUGGGGAGUGAUGAGUGGGAGGUUAGGGAUUUGGAUGGGGGGAAGAGGGCGGGGAUUGUCACGCAGGAUGGGAGGUUGUGUAGGGUGGGUUGA